AGAUGUGGUUCAUACAUACAAUGGAAAAUUAUUCAGCUAUGAGAAAGAAUAAAAUCCUGCCAUCUGUGAUAACACGGAUAGAUCUCAAUGCUAAGUGAAAUAAGCCAGAUGGAGAGAAAGACAAAUACUAAAUGGUGUCUCUUAAAGCUUGGAAAAUCUUAAAAAUCUUAAAUAAAAAAAGUCAAACUUUUAGAGAUCAUCCAGUAGUGGCGGCCUGCAAGGAGACAAGGGCUCCGUGGCGCGACGCCAGGCCUUUCUUUGAUGUGCAGAAAAGGCUGGGCCUUCACUUAGAUCAUUGGAUGACAAUCCAAAGUGCUGAGCAGCUUCACAAGAUUCCAGGUCGAUGCCAUGCUUUUGAAAAAGAAUGGAUAGAAUGUGCGCAUGGAAUCGGUGGUACCCGUGCAGAGAAAGAGUGCAAGAUGGAAUUUGAUGAUUUCGUAGAAUGUCUGCUUCAGCAGAAAACGAUGAAACAUCUGAGUGACGUCAGGAGGCAGCGAGAUAAGCUAAUAAAGGAAGGGAAGUACGCACCUCCACUUCACCACUUGGGCAAGGAGGAUCGUAGGCCCUGAGCAGAGCUGCUGCUGAUGGCUGGAGGCUGAUUUUCAUGUUCUCUCUUCUCCCCUGGAAAGUUCAUUUACUGAAAACCUCUUUGCGAAAGUGUCUAAAAAUAAAGGAUUGCUCUAUCCUG